AUGGGUGGGAGGGACCCUGGUUUGUGGGUGAGCAUAUUUCGGCCCAAAAGGGGUUGGCGCUCUGAGCGGGUUGGCGACAGAACGGGGAAGUGGGAUACGCCAAAAACACACCCCACAUGGGCAGGAAGGGAGAACAAUUCAGGCAAGGACGAUGAUGGGAAUGGAUUAGGUGAGAUAAAGUACAGCUAUGGACGGACUGGGGCUGGGAAAUGCAAGAAGACUAUUUUGACUGGCUUACGAGUAACCCUCUCAAUUUAUCUUCGUUUCGCCUCUGAAGAGACUACUCCUUUCGCCUUCAUUAUUGCCCUUUUCUAG